AUUAUCUAGUUUUUGUUAUAUAUUAUUCAUUUGUUGAUGAAUUGAAGUUGAUUUUGUAGAACAAUGGAAGUUUUGUGCAUCUGUGGACAAUGGAUCUCAAAAGAAUAUCUCCAGUGGGAGUUUCUUGUUGAUUUGAAGAGGAAUGCAUCAAUCAUUUCCAUAGAAGAAGAUCUACUGUAUGAAGAUUUGAUGAAGAUUGUAUCUGAAGAUUUUAGUGUUAAAGAGGAAGAAAUCAGUUUGAGUUAUGGUAUUUCAUUGGAUAUGAAAUGUAUUAUUGAAAGUUUCCCCCCACUCUCGAUAGGUAAUACUCGUCAGCUCAGAACUUUCAUUUCCAAGACUAGAGCAUUUGAUGGAACCUGUCGUUUGUGUGUUAAGGUUAGUACUGAUCCAGCUAGCUGUAACACUCAAGCUUCUGAUACAUUUGCUUCUCCUGUUCCAUUGAAUGCCAAUCCAAUGAUUCUUUCUACUGUGCAGAGAGAAAAACAGAGUCUUCUAUAUGAAGGUGUUUCUACAGUUCCUCUGAAUGCUCUUCCGGAUUUUAGCCCUGUCCAUAUUGGACUUUCACCAACCACGAGAGGAGCUGGCGAUAUUAAGGUGAAUAGCUAUUUUAAGACAAAGAGAGAGUUGAUGUUGAGGAUGAAGAAAUGGGCUUUAGAGUGGAAGUUUGAGUACAAGACUGUCUCUUCUAACAAGUCAAGAGUGCUUUUGAGUUGUGUUGAUGAAAAUUGCACGUGGAGGAUGCGUGCUACCAAGCUACCUCUUUCAGAUUUUUUCGUUGUUAAAAAGUAUGUUCAUGAGCAUACAUGCGAUACAACACACAGGAAAGCCAACCACAGACAAGCAUCUGCAAAGUUGUUGGGUUCUUUGAUUUGCAGCAAUUAUGGAGAAAAAAAGGAAGGUCUCAAACCGAAACAGAUCAUUGAACAGGUCAGGAUGCUGCAUGGUGUUCACAUCAAUUACAAACAAGCUUGGAGAGUGAGAGAAGAAGCUCAGAUUUUGGUUAGAGGGACUCCUGAAGACAGCUAUUACAAUUUGUCUAGGUGGUUGUAUAAAAUCACAGAAACAAACCCUGGUUCCUUGACUUAUCAACAUGUGGAUGCUGCAGGAAAGUUCAAGUAUGCAUUUGUGGCUUUUGGUCCUUCGAUAAGGGGAUUCUCAUUGAUGAGGAGAGUUAUUGCAGUAGAUGGUACAUUUCUGAAGGGAAAAUUCAAUGGGACUUUAUUGGCAGCUUGUGCUCAAGAUGGGAAUUAUCAUCUAUAUCCUCUCGCCUUUGCAGUGGUUGACGCAGAAAAUGGCGCCUCUUGGAAAUGGUUCUUUAGAGGUUUGAGCCAGAAGAUCCCGGACGCUUCGGAUCUUGUUUUUGUAUCAGACAGGGCUAACUCCAUUUCUUCAGCGUUGGAGGAUGUAUAUCCCUUAUCUCACCAUGGAAUUUGCAGGAUCCAUCUGCUCCGCAACAUCACUCCUACAUAUGCGAAGACUGGGUUGCUACCUCUGGUGGAAAGCGCUGCUGAUGCCUAUACGUGUCACGAGUUCUGGUUAAUCUUCAAGGACAUAAAGGAUAAAUGUCCUGAAUUGGCUAAGUAUCUGGAAGAUUCUGAUUUUAGGAAGUGGGCACGAAGCUAUGCGCCUGCGAACAGGUAUAAUAUCAUGACUACCAACAUUGCAGAGUCUCUCAAUUCUAUGUUGAGGAUGCCUCGUGAGUUGCCCAUUAUCUCUCUCCUUGAAACUAUCAGAUUGACGAUGACCACUUGGUUUUUUGAGCGACGCGAAGCGGCUGCGAAACAUAAGCACCUGGUUACUCCAAAAGUUGUGCAGAAAUUGGUAUCUAGGUUAGGGGCCGCAAUGUUGUUGAAUGUGUAUCAAGUUGAUCGAAGCGAGUUUGAGGUGAAGAAUGAAACAAUGAAGUUUGUUGUUGACUUGGAGAAGCGGCAUUGCACAUGUAAUGUUUUCGACAUUGACAAGAUCCCCUGCAUCCAUGCCAUCGCUGCUGCUAAGCAUAUCAAGAGAGAUGAAAACCUUUUUGUUGAUGCUUCUCACUUGACAGAAACCUGGGCUAAAGCUUAUGCUGAAAGCAUACAUCCUGGUGGAGAGUUGUCAACGUCCACCUAUCCAGAGAAUAUUGAUGAACUGUCUUGCCCACCUCCAGCUACCAAAAAGAAAAGUGGACGCCCUCCUACAAAGAGAAAGAGAUCCGUUGGCGAGUUUGGGGGUUCCUGGAUCUAAAUCUCAGUCCCACAAGUGCAGCAGAUGUGGCACAGGAGGGCACAACAAGAGCACAUGCGAGAGGCCUAUAGGAUGAAGUUCUACAUUUUUAUUGAUUAUUAUUUGGAUGUUGGCUAUUUGAUGGUUACAUGAUAUGCACCAGAC